AAUUGCUUGAAUGUUUCUGUAAAGAAUCUGAAGCAAGAACUUGCCAGAUUUGAGUGUGACAGCAUUAACUGGAGCUCCAAAGCUGAUAAAUAUGAGGAAGAACUGUCACAGCGUUUCCAGCACUGCACCACUCAAGAGGAGAUAAAUGAGCUCAGACAGUCAUUUAAGGAUCUCAAAAAGAAGUUCAACAAUUUGAAGUUUAACUAUAUGAAGAAAACUGAAAAAGCUCGAAACCUGAAAGUACUUAAAAUACAGAUUCAACAAGUUGAUACGUAUGCAGAGAAAAUACAGAUUCUUAAAAAGAAGAUGGAUAAUUUAGAGAAGAAAGUCAUUGGCUCUGUAGCAAAUGAACCUAAUUCUAAAGUUAGAGUCCUCUUGGGGUCAAUCAGUGACUUACAAAACCAGCUGAAUGACUUCAGCAGAGUUGUGGAGGAUUACAAGCAAAAUCUGGAACUUGUGGAGCAGCUGCAACAGAUGAUGGAAGAGUGUCAAUUUUGGUUUGAAGAUGUGAGUGCAACAGUUGUUAGAGUUGGCAAGUAUUCUGCAGAAUGCAAAACAAGAGAAGCAAUAGAGACUCUCUACAAGCAAUUCAAUAAGUUUAUUGAGCCUACAGUAACUCAACAAGAAGAAAAAAUUCAGCAGAUUACAGACCUUGCUAAACAGUUACAUGGUAUUGAAGAAGGAAAGAAGUAUGUUGAAAAAGCCAUAUUAAAAUACAAAGAAAUCAUUAAUUCUGUUGAUGAGUUGUGCAGAUCUCUGAGAGAACUUAAAGAGAUUAAGAAAGGUGAGUUUUCUGAAGAGUUGGUUACUGUUCAGAAAGAACAAAGAAACGGUCAAGAAGCAUGUGAACCUGUUACUGAAGACAAAGUAGAGGAACAAAGGCAACAGGAGAGGAAUAAAUUGGAUGAUAUUCCAAUUAUCUGUCCAGCUGGUGAGGAUCUUGUUUCACAGGAUACAGAGCUGUUGUCUUCAGCCAAAGAGGAUAGUUUACAGACUGAAUUCCUGGCAGAAGAAAUACUCUCUGGAGAUGAAUAUGAGUGUAUAUCACCUGAUGAUAUCUCUUUGCCACCGCUUUCUGAGACACCAGAAUCGAACCUCUUGCGUUCUGAAACAGAGCUAGAAGAGCAGUGCUGUUGUAGUUCUCAUAGCUUGCAUGUCAAUUCCUAUAGCUUGCAAAUGCAGGAAACCACUAGUAUUAAAAAAGUGAUGGAAGCAUCUGAUCUCUUAACCAAUUCUGCUUAUGCUGAUGCUACAAAUAAUAGAAUGGAAAGCCCAUCAGAUCAGUUUGAGAAGUUUUGUAUCUCUUCAACAGAUUCUGGUCCAAAAGUCAGAGCAGUAUCUCCUUUGACUUGUAGCUUACAAGGAAUAUCAGAAGCUAACACUGCUUCCUGCACUAUAAAUGCCAAACCAGUGUGUAGCAUGAUGAGUGAAUUGUGCAAAACACAUUUGCAACACCUUGAACUUCACAAAAGCAUGACAGAAACGCAAGAACAAUUGCAUGACUUGAAUAACUGUACUAAAACCCAGAACAGGCUGCAUGCUUUGCCUGAUGCAUUCUCAGGUUUCGUGUUUCAAUCAGACACCACCAGAAGCUGUCAGAGGCAGUUGGUCACCCGAGAAGAGAUUAAAAGUUCAUCAGAAAAGAACAGCAUGGCCAGCCUAACUGGACAGGCGCCUAACUUCUCCCAGCUUCUGUCUAACAAAACUGUCAUGGAAGGUUCUCCGGUAACUUUGGAAGUAGAAGUAACGGGAUUCCCAGAGCCUACACUGACCUGGUACAAGAAAGGCCAGAAACUGACUGCAGAUGAGCACUUAAAGCUUUUACAAAAGGAGACAAAGCAUACUUUGUUCAUUCAGAAGGUGUGUGAUAAAGAUGCUGGCCUCUAUGUUGUUCGGGCUAAAAAUUUGAACGGCACUAUCUCAUCAAGUGCCAUUGUCCACGUGAAAGGUAACAGGCCACCUAUUACAGGAAUAGACUGGAUAAUGCUGUGUGUCGUCUAUAUUAGCAUAUCACUAAUGUACUGGCUAUUCACAAAAUAA